GUCAUUGCUGUGGUCAUGGACCUCUUCACCGAUGGCGAUAUCUUCCAAGACAUUGUGGAUGCUGCCUUUAAGCGCCGGGUCCCAGUAUAUAUCAUCUUGGAUGAGGCAGGUGUGAAGUUUUUCUUGGAAAUGUGUCAGAGCCUAGAGCUCACCGACUUCCGUAUUCGGAACAUCCGUGUCCGCUCUGUGACAGGUGUUGGCUUCUACAUGCCCAUGGGGAAGAUCAAGGGGACCCUGUCAUCAACGUUCCUAAUGGUAGAUGGUGACAAAGUAGCCACUGGAUCUUACAGGUGA